AUUAUUUGUAAGUCAUUAUUCCGCCCCUCUUGUACUACGCCACUGACCCAGCCUUUGAUCCAGUGAGAUUUUACCACUUGCUUGGUCAAAUCUUCCACAUUUAGUCUUCUGCUCGCCGCGCUGCUGUUCGGUUCGUCGCUGGGCUGCUGGAGCAUUGUUUAUGUCGGUCGAUCUCUCGCUUUGUUUAUUGUAAUUUGGACAAACACAUUCACACAUUUGCGCCAUGCAUAGUAUGCGUCUAUGGAAUAUGAAGCGGGUCUCGCUGAUGCUCUGCGCGGCCUUCUUGUUAUACUUAUUUGUUUUCUCUGGCGGCUAUCACAAGUAUCAAAUAGACCGCGUUAUCGACAAUGCGAGACCGGAAGCAGUUUGGGAAUAUGUGGCGGACUUUAACAAAAUGCGCCUGCUGAAUCCCACAAUCAUAAAUUUUAAGAUUCUCGCUGACCAGGGCCACGCCCACGACUGGCGCUACACGGUGAGAUAUACGGAACGGCUAGCGCACUGGCCGCACUGGCUAAACGAAGCCACCGCCCACUAUGUGGUGACCAAGACCCUGCCGGGGGUCCAUCCCCCAGCCUGGUCCAUCAAAUCGAUACACGAAACCUGCUUCCUCGGCGGCCACUAUUGCUUGCACUCGCGUAGCGAAUUCAGUUUCAGCUCCCUUGGAACGGAUACAUAUGCCAACGAGAAGAUCCAAUAUCAGUGCCCGCCGUUCCUAGGCACCGCAUGUCGCCGCGAGCUCGAGUUCCAGAGACGCGCUGUUAUGUACAAUCUGACUCACAUUUUCAAGAGAACCUAGUCCCAUGGCAGAACCAUAAUAAAAGCUUCGUUUGGCAUUCUAUUCAAUCUUUUGUUCUAUAUAUGUUUGCAUAUUCACAUCUAAACGUUUUAAAAUUUCAUCAAUUGCUCACAAUAUUUAGAUGUUUAACUAAAUUAAGAUACAGUAAUUGUUGUGAAACAUUUUUCCAAUUAUAACAAUACGAUUAAAAUCGACAAUUCA